AUGCGAAGUCUGAAAAGCAAAGCUGCUUCUGGAGACUCUACUUUUAAGUUCCAUGCGGGAUACAAAAUAAUAGGUGAUGAGUCUGAAACUAUUGUGUAUGGUCUUGCCCAGUGUUCGCCGGAUUUGUCUAGGAGAGAUUGUGACGCUUGCUUAGGGAACGCUAUCUCAAAAAUCCCAGAUUGUUGUGAGAACAAGAUUGGUGGUAGGGUUAUAAAAUUCAGCUGCACUCUUCGAUUUGAGAGGGAAAAAGAAGCCUACCCAAACCGAAGUCCCUAUGAAACCAACCUCAAUACUCUUCUUUCUAAAAUCACUCCCAAAACCAUUGUUGACAAUGGCUUCUACAGUUCCGAGUAUGGUCAAGCCCCCAACAUAGUCCACGUACGAGGUCUGUGCCGGGGAGACGUGAAUCCGAUAACUUGUUGGAAUUGCCUCAACUAUGCCAAAACCCUUCUCCCUAAGGUAUGUCCAAAUCAGAAAGAAGCAUUUGGGUACUAUGACUUCUGCACUUUUCAAUACGCAAGUCGUCCAUUGUUGGGAUACCUGGAUCCUGAAUUUGCCUAUAGUUUCAACAACCCACAAAAUGCAACAGACAAAAAAGAGUUCACAAGUGCGCUUAAUGAUCUAAUGCAGAGACUGAAAAGCGAAGCUGCUUCUGCGGACUCUAACUUUAAGCUAUCUGUGGGAAGCAAAAUAGCUGACGAGUCUGAAACUGUUUAUGGUCUUGUUCAGUGCUUGCCGGAUUUGUCUAGGCCAGACUGUAAUGCUUGCUUGGAGAAGGUGAUCUCAGAUAUCCCACUCUGUUGUAAGAACAAGAUUGCUGGUAGGGUUAUUAAACUCAGCUGCAAUCUUCGAUUUGAGAGGGGUCGUUUCUAG